UGACAGCUUGAGCUUGAUCUCCUCAGCAAUGGCGACUGUGAAGACCGUCAAGGAUGUCUCUCCACACGAGUUCGUCAAAUCCUAUGCCUCCCACCUCAAGCACUUGGGGAAGGGUAUGUAUUUUGAGGUGGGACUUGUGAAAAGUCCUAAUUUUUGGGGCGUACCGAGUGAAGAAGAGCCUGUUUUAUUGUUUACUUGUGAUGUAAUGAUUUUGCUCAGGCCGAGAAGUAAAGAACUAAAUUGUGGAACUGAUUUGUCACUUAUUCUAACCCCCACAAGGUGUUUUGUGCACGGAAAGAUGGAGCUGCCCGACUGGACUGAUUUGGUAAAAACUGACGUCCUCAAAGAGCUUGCAUCAUAUGAUUUUGAUUGGUACUACAUAAGGGCUGCUUCCAUGGCUCGAAAGAUCUACUUGACGGGAGGACUUGGUGUUGGUGCCUUCCGAAGGAUUUAUGGUGGAAGCAAGAGGAAUGGCAACCAUCCGCGCCAUUUUGGCAAGAGUAGUGGGUCUGUGGCUCGUAACAUUCUUCAGUAGUCGCAGAAGAUGAGUAUCGUUGAGGUGGAUCCACGAGGUGGACGUAGGAUCACAUUCAGCGGGCAAAGGAAUAUGGACCAAGUUGCAGGAAAAAUUUGGACGUAGAUUAUAUUUAGUUUAAUUAGUGUUUUAGCUUGUUGGGAACUU